GCGACGAACAAGGGAGCGCGCAGCUCGGCCCAGGGGCGGGGCUUACCGCGGGGACUCGAGUGCGCGCUGUCUCACGUCCCUGGCGGGCUUCCCGAGAAGUGCGCGUGCGCGAGAGCUUGGGGCCUUGUAGUUGUCACGAUGAACCCCCUGACGAAGGUGAAACUGAUCAAUGAGCUGAACCAACGGGAGGCUGAGCUGGGCGUACAGGAGAAGGUGUCAUGGCAUGCAGAGUACAGUGAUAGCGCCUGGAUCUUCGUGGGAGGUCUCCCCUAUGAGUUGACAGAAGGUGAUAUCAUCUGCGUGUUUUCACAAUAUGGAGAAAUUGUGAACAUUAAUCUGGUGCGAGAUAAAAAGACUGGAAAAUCGAAAGGUUUCUGUUUUAUUUGCUACGAAGAUCAGAGAAGCACCAUACUUGCUGUUGACAACUUUAAUGGGAUCAAGAUAAAAGGAAGGACAAUUCGGGUGGACCAUGUCGCUAACUAUCGCCCUCCAAAGGACUCUGAGGAUAUAGAUGAUGUAACAAAAGUCCUACGUGAGAGAGGAUGUGGGGCUAAAACUUCUCCACCUACUUCAUCUGACUCUUCCUCAGAAGACAGUGAGGAAUCCUUUCAGAGAAGUUCCUUGGCCUGUGUUAUACAGGAAGUCAGAUGGCAUGAUCACAAUAAUAAAGAGAAGAGAAAAAGAGAGCAGAAGGAGAAGAGGAGGGGCCUGCAAGGUGUGAAGAGGGCCCUCCCUGCAGGAGAGCCGCCUGCCACAGCCUGGAUUAAAAAGGAAAAGGAAGACUCUGCCUAUGACCAAUAUGCUAACCCAAGGCAGCAGUCCCGGAAUGGGUCUGGGCGAAAGCAUGCAAGUAGGACUUAUCUGGAAGAGGAACCUGAGCAAGAGCAAUGUCGCAAGAGAGCUGUGGAGAGACGAGGGGACAAGGGGCACCAGGAGCAAAAGGGUCUGAGCAGUGCCUGGAAGGAGGAAAAGGCAGAAGACAAGAACAGAAAGGGCGAAAGCCGCAGCAGCAGACAAGAGGAAUGUCUAGGGAGCACUAGAUCAAGAGAGCGAUGGGAGAGAAGCACCAGGGACCAGCAUGCCAGGGAAAGAGAGCUGUCUAGCUCUCGGGACUCCAGCCGCUAUUGACCUGCCUGUCCUGUGGCUGCAGACUGAGCAGUACUCCAGGCCACUGGUGCUCCCUGUGGAGGAAUACUGUGGAUAGCUAGUAAUUGGAAGGGGGAGGAAAAUCCCACCUGUUGAAUCCAUUUCUAAGCUUGCCUCAAAGCCUCUCUCCUACUAAACUCCAAGCAUUUAUGCCUCUGUGAGUGCAGUGAAAUAGCACUGUAUUUUCCUCCAUCAGCUUUAUAUCUCUGCUCCUUGUUCCUGCAGUCCUUCCUCAAGGACCAGAGAGCCAGACACCCUCCUGCUGUUGUCUUAGCUGGUGGAAGUGGCUGAGGUCUAGGACACACACUCAAGUUGCAAUCUACAGUAAAUGCCCUGUGUUGUUAAUAAUAGUGAGAUGCCUCCCAGGUAAUGAGCUUUGUCUGGCUACUUCAUUGCUGGCCCCUGUAGUUCUCGGAAACAACCUGUGUCAUCAGUUCUCUUGGUGAGGGUUCCUUGCCUAGACUGACACAAGGGUGAAUGUGUCUUCAGUAGUCCAUAUAACCUGGAUUUAUGUCAACUGAGGAAUUCUAAUGUGGCCAUUUGCUACUGCCAUGAAUUCCCAAGUGUUGCAUUGUGGAGUCAGGAUAGCUUAUUGUUUUAAAUGUCAUUUAAUGCUUACCUCCUCCUCCAGGUCCAUGGCUGUUUUACUAUUCUAGGAAUAAUAAAACUACUUUGACCAAACGGCCUGCUUCAGAUCAUCCCUGAGAGAGAGAGAGAGUGUGACCAAUCUGGGGCUGCUUAUCAAUACUUUGUUUUCUAUGUGUGUCCGAUUGCUGUAAGGGGAUUUGCUGUAUGAAUACAAGGGGUUAAUUUAAGAAGAGGCUGACUACCUCCAAUCCUGUGCUGAGUCUGUCAGAGGGGCAGGGCUGCCCCAGUCUGGGGAAUUGAGAAUAAAAAACUUUGGCUGGUUUUACAAAGACUGUCUCUCAAGGAUUGGGGAACAGAUGGUAGGGGCCUGCCCAGGACUCUAGGUAAGAUAGACAUGUAUGUAGCAUAGUUUUAAAAAAAGUCUAUGCUUUGUUCCUACGGUUAAGAUUAAACAAUACUUUUGAUUUAAAAUGA